GCCGUCAUGUCUAUUUCAGUAAUAGAAAAUCCCAGGUAAUUGCACAAUGGUCAAAAUGGUGUUGCAUUCGAAAUAGACAAGUCAAAUGCACGGGAAACACCGUCAAAUACUCUUAAGCAGACACAUUACAUCAGAGCAUAGAGACUCGCCAUGAAGAAAGAAUACACUUACCUACCCUCCGCCAGAAAGAUAUUCCAGCGAUAUGAACGGGCCAGCCACACGGAGAACAUCUUGUUGGUGGGGACUGUGGGGGCGGGGAAAUCGGCGACCAUCAACACCAUCACCGCCGCGCUCUCGGGGGAGAAGAAAUACCGUGCCCCCAUCGGCGCUCUCCUCUCCCCAACAGACGGGCAGAGGAAGAGGACCACGACACACCUUAUGUGGUACAAAGGGUGUGGUAUAGACGAAGUUAGAAGAAAAGAGAUGCAUGUUCCAAAGUACAUCCCAAACCUCGUGGACAUGACAGGGUUAGAAAACGUUGAAUCCCGCGAACAGGAAAAGCUACUGGAGAUGAUACUGAUGGGAAAAAUCCCGGACGAAACUUCGAUUCCCGCAUUGCAAGACAUGGAGAGAAGAAACACAGGGUCACUAAACAGAAACUUUCCAUUCACAUACGAUCCCCGACGCAUUCAUAAAAUUCUAUUUGUAGCUAGCGCUACGGAACCUAUACCAACCAAGUUGAUUCAGAGUGUUCGAAACGUCGCUCAACCUGAUGGCAGCCCCUCUAACUAUAAUCCAAGAUACAUUCCCCUGUUUGGAUUGCUUACCAAAGAAGACCUCGUGGAUUGGGAGGACACAGAUAUUCUAAAUCGAGAGCGGGAAUUCCUUCAGAGCCUCGGUAUCGACGAAACAACCUCGUAUUCACGCUGGCACAAUAGCUCAUCCGGGGACUUUUCGUGCAAGGUCCUCUAUUUCCUUGACAAACUUAUGUCCCCCGAAGUCCGCGUUGUUUUGGACCAGAUUGGAAUUCUACACAGAUGUAUAGGUGCAUUAUGGGAACAUCCGUCGAGUAUAUUUACAAUGAUGCUGAUAUCGUGUUUUGGAUGUGCUUGUAUUUUUUAUGUUUAUUCGUUCGGUCUGAACUUGAGUUUCUUACCUCUUUAAUAUUUUAAGUCGUACAUGCUACUUUGGAGAUUUAUGAUGGUCUUUCUUAUCUGAAAAUUACACACUGAACAAAAAAAAAAAUACUGGUAGUGUUUGUUUAGUAAAUGUUUCCUCGAAAAUGUGAGUGAAUACGAAAUAUUUCUUCACCCUGAAUACUCGAAUUGAAGUAAAAUCUUAGAUAUGUUUAUUUUAAAUUGUUUAAAUGCACAUGUGCACAUAAAAUAUUUUUUGUUGUAUUUAGUUUACUUUCAUUACAUAUGUAGGUAAUGGAAUUAGUUUAAUUUUAUUCAAUUUUUUGAAUAUUGUUAUCAAUAAUAAGUAUCAUUUUUGAAAGAAAAUAUGAUAAGUAAUAUUCAAGCAGAGUUGUAUGUUGGUGUGGUCACAUUUUAAAAUAAAAGUUAUGGAUUCACUAAUGUAGUGGAUUGUUUUUUUUAUGACUCUAGGAUUAAGAUGUUUUUCUUCGUAUCUCAUUUGAUAAAUUAUCACAGCACUGCAGUCUCCAAAAUCGAGAACUACAAGUAAAUCUAUAUAAUAUUGUAAUAUUUUAUUUUACUUACACAGGAUCUUAUAUUUGAAAAUCAAAGCAGUUCUUGUUGAU